UCGAAGCAAAACCAAUACCACAGAGCGUCACUGCCCCUUUAUGGUCUGCUUUGUGGGGUCUAUGUGUAUUUCUCUGUCAUAUAUAUCAUGUACUGAGAAGGAGUUUGAGCAGCCUCCGACAUUCAUUAUCAUCUUCAGUCUACUUCCUUAAUAUACUCAAAUCUCCUCCAAUAAUUACCCGUAGAUUGCUCUAUUUUUUCACUUUUACCCUUCAGAAUCAGAACCAGACAUGGUUCAAUUUGAGACCUUAUGGAUAGAGCUCUCUCAUACCGAGAAGAACCACCAGUCACUCAACAAAGCCAUCAACAACUCAAUGUUUGUUUUCCAGUCUUGAAGUCCAGACGUUCCAAUAACCCAAACCCAUUAACUGUUUUAAUAGUUUGGGUCUCAAAAUCUCUUAGAAGAUUGUAUUGUAAUGAUAGAGUGUCAAAUGGAUUUUGCUGUAAAAGGGUAAAUUUUACUGGUAUGGUUGUGAACAACUCAGUCUAUUGUGCUUCACCGUGUUUUCUUGAGGCUAAAAUGGAGGGUUUGGUUGAUAAGAGUGAAGGAAUGGAAAGGAAAAACGAGGGGUUAGGCGAAAACGGGCAUAAAAUUGAGGCUUUUGUGGACUUUGUUGAAGAGGAGUGCCGAGAGAGUAGUUCAAGUUCUGAUUUUUUGGCGUCUGAGGCAACAGUGAAUGAGGAACAUAGUAGCUCCGAGGUCUCAUCUUCGCCCCCCUCAAUUCGUUGGCCUAAUCAGAAGCACGAAGUGUCACAUUGUUCUAAUUCUGGGCCUUUUGAAGAUGUGGGAAAACCAAAACCCCAUAUGGAUGACAGGAAGCUAGAGAAACAAGGGUCAUCGAUCUCAGAGAUAGAGAUGAUGAAGGAAAGAUUUUCGAAGUUGCUGCUUGGAGAAGAUAUGUCUGGCUGUGGAAAUGGGGUUUGUACAGCAUUGGCUAUUUCAAACGCAAUUACUAAUCUUUGUGCUACAAUAUUUGGGCAAAUUUGGAGACUAGAGCCUCUACCACUUGAAAAGAAAUUAAUGUGGAGAAGAGAAAUGGAAUGGAUUAUUUGUGUUAGUGAUCACAUUGUGGAGUUGAUACCGUCUUGGCAGACAUUUCCGGAUGGAAGCAAGCUUGAGGUCAUGACUAGUAGACCCCGAUCUGAUCUUUACAUCAAUCUCCCAGCUCUACGUAAAUUGGAUAACAUGCUUCUUGAAAUAUUAGACAGUUUUGGGAAUACUGAGUUCUGGUAUGUCGACCAAGGGAUUGUAGCCCCGGAUGCGGAUGGGUCAUCUUCCUUUCGGAAAUGCCUCCCACGUCAAGAGGAGAAAUGGUGGUUGCCAGUUCCUCGAGUUCCUGCCGGUGGUAUCAGCGAAAAUGCAAGAAAGCAGUUGCAACACAAGCGCGAUUGCACAAAUCAAAUACUGAAAGCAGCCAUGGCCAUCAACAGCAUCUCUUUAGCUGAAAUGGAAGUCCCCGAGUCAUACUUGGAAGCUCUUCCGAAGAAUGGAAGGGCCAGCCUGGGGGAUCUUAUCCAUCGAUAUAUUUCAUCAGAUCAGUUUUCUCCUGAUUGUCUACUGGAGUGCCUUGAUUUGUCUUCUGAGCAUCAAGCCCUUGAGAUUGCCAACAGAGUAGAGUCCUCAGUUUUCGUGUGGCGCCGAAGAACCAACUCAAAACCCUUAAAUGGCACGAGUCGGUCCAAUUCAAAGUCAUCGUGGGAAAUGGUCAAGGAUCUGGUAAUUGAUGCAGACAAGAGAGAGUUGCUUGCAGAAAGAGCUGAGAGCCUCCUGCUUUGCUUGAAGCAGCGUUUUCCUGGUCUCCCUCAGACCACCUUAGACAUGAGCAAAAUCCAAUACAACAAGGAUGUUGGCAAAUCUAUUUUGGAGAGCUACUCAAGAGUUUUGGAGAGCCUGGCAUUCAAUAUAGUGGCACGUAUUGAUGACCUACUUUAUGUGGAUGACAUGACGAAGCAUUCAGAUCAAUCCUUGUCAAUAUCCAAAGUCGGCAUGAUUGCUCAUAAGGGUGUAGGAAUUCCAUACUCGGUGCCUGUCUCGAGCACUCCAUAUAAAACAGCUUUCACAACGCCAAGCUUCUCACCAUCACAACGAAUCAGUCCUGCAAAGGGAGAAAGAUUAUCACCUUGUUUGGAUAGCAGCAAACUUCCUCAUCGUGGAUUUGGCGUGAAAAAAGUAUUGACAGACUAUUUGAGUAUUGAUACAAAAGGGAAGGAGUACGGCAACCAAGUUGAAAGAUCAGUUUCAUUUUCAAGUACAACUCUAGAAGCAUCAGCUUCUCAAACAAUAGAAACUUUCGAGUGUCUAAAAGAAGCCCUUAACCCGCUAACAGAAGACUCGGUCUGGGUAGAACGAACACUCCCUGAGGAUCGCCUUUGAAACAGCUAUACUGGAUAUCGCCAUUCAAGUGAGAUCCUUCUUGUAUGAUUGUCAUUGAUGUAGAAGGUGUAUUUGACAGUGGGAAGAAAAGUAUAUCAUAUUUUUAGUUCCUUCUUGUAUCGAGAGAUGACUUAAUAGUUGCGAGCUGAGUGCUUUGUGUUUCCCAUAUACGUCCCUAAUUUGUUCUUUGGUGCUUCAUAGUUCAUGUGGUUCCCCCUAUGCUUUUUCAUUUGGGUUCAGACCUUCAUUCAUAAUUCUCAGUGUAUACAAAUUCAAAAAAG